AUGAUCACUUCCACAUUGAGUCUUUUGGCACUUUCCGCCAUUGCGUCUGCGCAUAGCGAUCAUCGGCAAAAGGCUAUCGCUGGUCCACAUCAAAGCCUGUGGUACAAUACUAUCCCAGGUGAUGGUGGCACUCAGGCGGACUCUGUCUUCUCUGGCAUUUCGACGUUCGGUCGUCUACCAUACUUCCCUUGUCUCUCCAGCGAGGCAGAGAAAUACGAUAUCGCCUUCAUCGGCGCUCCCUUCGAUACUGGCACCUCAUAUAGACCUGGUGCGAGAUUCGGCCCGAGUGGCAUUAGGCAAGGUUCUCGCCGUCUCAAUCUCUACGGUGGCUACAACGUACCAUUGGAAGCGAAUCCAUUCGUUAGUGAGCUGAAGGUUAUGGAUUGUGGUGAUAUACCUGUGACAUCGUACGACAAUGCUUGGGCUAUCCAGCAGAUUGAAGAAGGACACAACAGCUUGCUCAUGCGCAAGCCUUUCACCGAUGCGGACGCUGAAGGAUUGUCCAGGGCGGGAAAGACUCUGCCGCGCAUCAUCACCCUGGGUGGUGAUCAUACCAUCACACUGCCGUUGCUGCGCAGUAUCAACAAGGCUUACGGGCCCGUGACUGUGAUUCAUUUUGACAGUCAUCUGGACACAUGGAAGCCCAAGGUCUUUGGCGGUUCGCCUAGUCAGGUUGCUGCUAUCAAUCACGGAACCUACUUCUACCAUGCUGCCAUGGAAGGUCUCCUGAAGAACGACACCAACAUCCAUGCGGGCAUCAGGACGACCCUUUCUGGACCCUCAGACUAUGAGAACGACGGAUACUGCGGCUUCGAGAUUGUCGAGGCGCGUGAAAUUGAUACUAUCGGAACCGAAGGAAUCAUCAAGAAGAUCAGAGACCGAGUCGGCACCGAGAACCCUGUCUACCUCUCCAUUGAUAUCGAUACCCUUGACCCUGCUUUUGCACCUGCAACCGGGACCCCCGAGACUGGAGGCUGGUCGACCCGUGAACUGCGCACCAUCAUCCGUGGCCUUGAUGGCCUCAACUUUAUCGGUGCGGAUAUCGUCGAGGUUGCUCCAGCUUAUGAUACGAACGCGGAGCUUUCUACCAUGGCCGCUGCGGAUGUCCUUUACGAGGUUCUUACCAUCAUGGUUAAGAAGGGACCAUUGUCUAUUUCUAAGGGACAUGAGUUGUAG